AUGGAAUUGCUUUUCACAGCAAAGUGGGAUCCUUUUGCCCAGGGAAUUCUUUUGCGAUGUGAAUACUCUGAAGCGAAACAUUCAAAUUGGCACGUGAAACGCAUCCUGGCUACAAUUCUUCAAGUCCUCGAAUGCAUCGUCUCACAACCACACACGCGCCUGAGUGACUUGGAGCUUAUGAACGAAAGAGACUACCAAGAAUGCAAUGCUUGGAACCGAAUCGUUCCUCAGAACGUAGAAAAGCCUGUUCAGGAAUUGAUUGCAGAGCAUGUUCACGCAGCACCUUUGAACCCCGCCGUUGAUGCGUGGGACGGGAAGCUUUCGUACGCCGAGCUGGACGAUGCCUCAACGAAGGUUGCUCAUCACCUCGUCCAAAUGGGCGUUGGUCCCGAGUCUACAGUCCCUCUGUUCUUCGAUAAGAGCAUAUGGAACAUUGUAGCUACUGUUGGCGUUUUGAAGGCUGGUGGCGCAUUUGUGCCCCUUGAUCCUUCACAGCCUGACAGCCGGAUCUCACACAUCUUGAAGCAAGUUCAAGCAAAUGUCAUUCUGAGUUCAGAAACUCACAGGGAAAGGCUAAUCGCACUUUCAGACGUUGUUCUCUGUUUAGACAAAUCAUGGCUCGAAUCUACGCCCAGUCCUUUAGGCUGGAGUCUCACGUCAGUGAGACCCUGGAACCUGGCUUACAUUAUCUUUACAUCCGGAAGUACAGGGGAGCCUAAAGGCGUGAUGAUCGAGCAUUCAGCCUGCUCGGCUAGCAUUGUCGCUCAUGGUCGUGCAACUGGUUUCAACAAGAACACGAGAGCUGUUCAAUAUGCACGCCACACUUUUGACGCGUCAAUCGCCGAAAUUCUUACUACUUUAGCCUUUGGUGGUUGUGUGGUGGUGCCUUCGGAAGACGAACGGAUGAACAACAUCAGCGCCAUCAUUCAAAGAAAACAAGUCAACUGGGCAUUCUUCACGCCUUCACUGAUUCGACUAUUGGAUCCAUAUGAGUUACCUGGGCUGAGAACCGUCGUUCUUGGCGGAGAAGCCGUCGGCCAGGACAACAUCGAGAAGUGGGCACCACGGCGUAACCUCGUCAUCGCAUAUGGUCCUACUGAGAACACCGUAUUCUCAACCAUGUAUAGAGCUUCUCCAACUGAGAAGGCUAAUAUCAUUGGACGUGGUCUCGGAACUUUAUGCUGGAUUGCCGAUCCGGAUGAUCCCACUCGUCUCUCCCCGCUUGGCUCCAUUGGAGAGUUGUUGUUAGAAAGCCCCCAACUGGCAAGGGGCUACUUGAACUUUGCGGAAAAUGAAGGACCUAACAAAGCCUUCAUUCGAGAUCCUCCGUGGCUUACCAAGAAUGGUCGACGGGCAAGGCUUUACCGCACCGGAGAUUUGUGCCGCUUCGACGAAAAUGGUGUCAUCCACUUCGAGGGCCGAAAAGAUACACAACUGAAGAUAUCUGGCCAGCGAUUGGAAGCGGCUGAAGUCGAACACCACCUUCGUGCGGCUUUUGGUACGAACGACAUUGUGGUGGAUGUGUUGAAGCGACCAAACCAUGGAUCGGAACAGCAAUCCAAAGUUCUUGUUGCUUUCGUGUGCUUGGAGAAGCCUAUCUCAGACUGCCAAAGCAGGGAAAACUACAUAAUGCCCCGCCAACUUCCGGCGCUUCAAGAAAGGAUCCCUACGGUGGAAAAUGAAAUUUCAAAGAGACUUCCAUCUUGGAUGUGGCCUUCGGUCUAUAUCCCUUUGAUCAGUCUGCCCCUGAGUCCAAACGGCAAAGCGGACGUCAAGAGGCUACGCCAAGAAGCCAGCGGCUUAACUCCCGAGCAGUUCUACUCAUACACUCAAGGAAAUCAAAGACAAGAAAAUGUAGAGACAGAACGACAGAGUUUAAUGAGAGGGCUUUGGGGUGAAAUCCUCGGAGUCCCUAAAGACACAAUUUCAACAAACAGCAACUUUUUUCGCCUUGGAGGGGACUCAUUGGCUGCUAUAGGUUUAGCCGCAACAGCGAGAAGAAAAGGCUUGCACCUGGACUAUGCGCAAAUCUUUAACAAUCCCAUCCUCAACGACCUUUGCCAGCUUCCCCUAGUGGAGGCCAAGAGAAAGGCUGCCUCUGUGAGGCCAUUGACGCUCCUCGGCGAAAACGCAAGGAUUCUCAAUGAGGUAGCAGAAGAUUGUUCCAUCUCUAUUGAAGAUAUCGAGGAUGUAUUCCCUUGCACCUCACUACAAGAAGGUCUCAUGGCUCUGUCUUCCACCACAGAAAAUUCCUUUUUAGCCCAAUACAUUCUUCACCUUCCCGUCAACACUGACGUGGCGAGGCUGAAAAUGGCAUGGGAGACGGUCGCAAAGGCGUAUGGUAUCCUACGCACUCGGUUGGUCGAUACGUCAGCAGCCGGCAUUCAGCAAGUGGUUGUCCAAGAACGUCUGGCUUGGAAUGAAAGCUUCAACCUUGACGAAUAUCUUGAGAUGGACCUAAAGCAGCCAUCAAGUUUCGGGGCUCCACUCAAUCGAUUCGGUAUCGUCUACGACGCAAGUGGUAAUGCCUCGCGGAUGGUUUGGACGGUCCAUCAUGCCAUAACGGACGGUCAUUCAGUUGGCGUCACUCUUCGAGCAGUCCGCGAUGCCUUCCAAGGGGCUUUGAGGCCAUCAGAAACGUCCUUUUCAUCAUUUAUCCAAUAUUGCAAGAGUAUGGAUAUGGAAGCAGCCACUAAGUAUUGGGAGUCUAUCUUUCAAGAUGUGGACUGCGAACCAUUCCCAAAAAGACCACCCACUACUACUCGCACAUCUUCGAAUCAAGGGUCAGCAUUUGUCCGCCGAAAGGUUCCUGUUCCAUCAUCUGAAACGGGGGCAACUACAACAACCAUUCUUCGUGCUGCCUGGGCGUUAGUAGUCAGUCGUUUCAGCGGGUCAAAGUACGCAGUUUUUGGUGUUACUUCAUCUGGGCGAAAUGCCUCGUUUGAUGGCAUUGAAGCUGUUCCUGGUCCAACCAUUGCGACAGUGCCCCUGAGAGUCAACUGUGACGAGAAAAAAUUCGCCCAGGACUUGCUUGAGAGCCUUCAGAUGAACUCGGUCAACAUGAUUCCCUUUGAGCAGAUCGGAGUGCAGAACAUUGCUCGCAUAAGUCCUACCUGUCAGGCAGCUUGCGAAUUCCAGAGCAUGAUAAUCGUUCAGCCAGAAGUGGAUAUGGCAACAGACGGCGCUCCAUUCACUGCUUUCGACAGACCACAAGAUCUUGACAAGUUCAACUCGUACGCGAUCAUGGUAGAGUGCACUCUUCAAAAGGAUGCCGUCCUCCUGAAUGUGAACUAUGACAUCGAGUAUCUGGACUCUCUGCAGAUGGAGCGACUCUUGGACUACUUCGAAAAUGCGCUAGCGUUUUUAGUUUCCAGCGAAGCUCACUGCAUCGAGGAGCUCACAAGGCAGCCAACUAUUCAAGACUUGAUCCAGCUUCGAGAGUGGAACAAUUUGCUUCCUGAAACAGUUGAGGCAUGCGUUCACCACCAGUUCGAAGAACACGCCACAACUCGGCCCACUGCACAAGCCGUUUUUGCUUGGGACGGCUGCCUCAGCUUUUCAGAACUGGAUAGAAGGGCUUCACAGCUAGCUCAAGUUCUUGUGGAGUCGGGCGUUGACCUGGAAAAGAAGGUGGCGUACUGCUUCGAAAAGUCCAUGUACACUGUCAUUUCGAUGCUCGCUAUUCUCAAAGCCGGAGGCACGAUGGUUCCACUUGAUCCCGCUCAUCCACCAGAGCGUAAGUCUUUUAUCAUUCGAAGCAUCAAUGCCGACGUUGUUUUGGCUUCAACUACCAGCGCGGCCUUUUUUCACAACAUGGAUGUUCCAGUGGUUGUCGUUAAUUCAGCGCUUUUCUCUAAGCUUGACGAAACUCAAGCUAUGUUGUUUUCAAGCACAAGAGUUCAGCCGCAUAAUGCAGCAACAGUGCUCUUUACGUCGGGAAGUACUGGAGCACCUAAAGGCGUUGUUCAAGAACACAAGACGCUUUGUUCUGCAGCGAAAGCUCAUUCCGAAGGCAUGCAAAUGUUCAAGGGGUCUAGAAUCCUCCAAUUUUCGGCUCAUGUUUUCGAUGUCAGUGUAAUCGAGAUCGUCAAUGCCCUCAUUCUAGGAGCUUGUAUCUGCAUACCUUCAGAAGAAGACCGGACCAGUGAUCUUGCUGGUUUCGUCUCAAGGUCGGAGGCCAACUGGGCUUUCUUGACUCCUUCUUUCGCACGGACACUUGAUCCCACGACGCUGCCUAGCUUAAAGACCGUCUGUAUGGGCGGCGAAGCCAUGACCUUGGAUAAUAUCCAGACAUGGGCUGGCAAUGUACAACUGAUCAACAGCUACGGCCCUUGCGAAGGCAGCGUAUGUACGGUGGCUAAUUUAAGCAAGGGGCAGUUCAGUGCGGACAGCAUUGGACAAGGGUUGAACUGUCUUGUUUGGAUUGUCGACCCCAACAAUCAUGAUAAGCUCCUCCCAAUCGGCAGCAUCGGCGAGAUUCUGAUUGAAGGUCCGAACAUAGCACGUGGCUAUCUUGGUGACGCGGAGAAAACGAACAAAGCAUUCAUCACCAAUCCAGCAUGGAUGGCUAACUUCGAAACCAACGGUACCGAUAGAAGGAUGUACAAGACCGGAGACCUUGGGAGGUUCAAUUCUGACGGCUCGAUAUCUUACCUCGGACGCAAGGACACCCAGAUCAAACUCCGUGGACAAAGAAUUGAGCCUGGAGAAAUUGAGUAUCAGAUCAUCAACAGUCUUCCUAACGGCUCUAGCGCCGCUGUUGACGCUUUAUUGCUUCCCGGAUCCCAUACCAAGUCUUUGGUUGCUUUCAUUCAGCUUCAGGGUCAAGAGGCUACAGAUGGCUUGGCGAGUCGCCUCAAACUGCAGCUUUCAUCUGUGCUUCCGGCUUAUAUGGUUCCUUCUCAUUUUCUCUUUGUUGAUACUAUCCCGUUUGGCCCAACCGGGAAGCUUGACCGACGACGACUAGAAGCAUAUGCUUCGACACUGAAUGCCUCGGAAGAACCAACGACUGCCUCUGCAGAUGAAAGACAAAAUGACGUUGAAGACGCCAACGUCUUGAGAGCUGAUGAAGAAAUCGCCUUGGCUAUCAGCAGCAAGUUGACUGAUUUGCUAUCCGGGCCAGGCGAUGCUCGGCGAAUGGAGAAAUUGCGUGGGCGCAAUUUCAACCCCUUUUAUGCUGGCAUGGACUCCAUCCAAGUCAUUUCUCUAUCAACAUUUGUUCGAAAAACCUACAACGUCAGUCUGCCAGUUCAAAAGUACAUGAACAGUGCAGCGACGAUAAGAGAUAUUGCGAAGUGGAUCGCCGAGGAUCGUCAUGUCACCCAACAUGAAGAUGGAGUAGAUCUCCUUCGCGAGAUUGACAUUUACGACGAGAGCCUCGCAUCCCUCCACCCACAAAGCUUAACUCAUCCGCCGAUCACAAAAACACCACAGAUCAUCUUUUUGACAGGCGCGACUGGAUUUCUCGGAAAUGCGCUCCUGGCUCAACUCCUAAAGCGGCCAGAAACACGAAAGGUCAUCGCUCUGGUCAGAGGUACGAAUGUCGCACACGCUAACGAGAGACUCUUUUCUUCCGUUCGUGGAAGCAGUUGGUGGAAUGAGGCCUAUGCAAGCCGGCUAGAAGUUUGGCACGGUGACCUUUCGCUGCCAAAGCUUGGCCUAAAGGGGUCACAAUGGUCACGACUUGAUGGUUCAAGCGCCGAUGGUGACUUGGUUGAGGCUGUGGUUCACAACGGGGCAGUUGUGAACUGGAUGGCGGAUUAUUCGGCCCUGACGUCGGCUAACAUCCUCUCAACUGUAAAUCUCUUAACAGCUGUCUCGCAAGCUACUGCAACUCGACCGAUACGUUUCACGUAUGUAUCAGGAGGCCAUCUCUCGACUUUACCGGAUAACGUCCAUGAGAUUGCUCAGGAGCUCAAAACAUACCCUGCGUACAGCCAGACAAAAUUCGUCGCCGAGGUUCUUGUGGAACGCUAUGCCAACCGGCUUGCUCAAGCAGGCUGCGAGUUUCUUGUCACGAUUGUGAAGCCUGGCUUGAUCAUGGGAAGCUCGUCCGAUGGCAUUUCCAACACGGAUGACUUUCUUUGGCGCGUGACUGCCAGCGCGUUGGAUAUUGGAGUGUGUCCUAACGACCAACAAGAUCUAUGGAUUGCCGCAGCCGGAGUUGAUCUUGUUGCCCAAAUUACUCUUGACGACUGUUUCCGAAAAACAGCGGAUGGGAAGCACCAGGUCGUCAAGAAGAUAUUAAAUGGUAUAACCAUGGAAGAAUACUGGGACAUUGUUGCCCAAGAGACUAGACAGAUGACUAGGCCUACCAAUACCGAGGAUUGGUUACGCACAUUGAGGGGUGAUGUGGAGAGUAAAGGAUCUGGUCACUAUUUGUGGCCAGUUAUGCAUUUCCUCGAGGACAAGGGUGGUAAGCUCGGUCAGCCCAUCGGGCAAAUGACUUCGGACGACCAGCUUGAGCACAAAGAUGCGGUAGAGAAGGCACUGCGAAGAAGUCUGCAGUAUUUAGUCGCCAUCGGAUACAUAAACUCGAGUCGGGCGAGCAGCGAAGACGGCGACAGCACAAGUGAGCCCACUCUUCUAGUUCCUGGUUCGGUUGUCUUUUCUCGAACACCGACGACACCGGUAUGGGACCAAGCAGCGGACUCCAAGCGUCUGGGAUAUGGAGGAGACAGCGAUGGCCUAAAACCGGCUGUGUCAAUCUCAAUCACACCGCUGCGGUCUCCGAGUCCCUUGGCGGAAACUAGGAGAGCGCAUUGA